GCUACCAUGGCGCGGUGAGGGAGCGGGGGUGGGGAUCGGUCCCGGGGAGGCCUGGGGCCGCUGGCUUGUGCGCCGUCUCGGCCGCCCCCCCUUUUGCCGCCGCCGCCGCCGCCGCCCCGGGCAUGUCGUCCAACUGCACCAGCACCACGGCGGUGGCGGUGGCGCCGCUCAGCGCCAGCAAGACCAAGACCAAAAAGAAGCAUUUCGUGUGCCAGAAAGUGAAGCUAUUCCGGGCCAGCGAGCCGAUCCUCAGCGUCCUGAUGUGGGGGGUGAACCACACGAUCAAUGAGCUGAGCAAUGUCCCCGUCCCUGUCAUGCUAAUGCCAGAUGACUUCAAAGCAUACAGCAAGAUCAAGGUGGACAAUCAUCUCUUCAAUAAGGAGAACCUUCCCAGCCGUUUUAAGUUUAAGGAGUACUGCCCCAUGGUGUUCCGGAAUCUCCGGGAGAGGUUUGGGAUUGAUGAUCAGGAUUACCAGAAUUCGGUGACGCGCAGCGCCCCUAUCAACAGUGACAGCCAGGGCCGAUGUGGCACACGUUUCCUCACCACCUACGACCGGCGCUUUGUCAUCAAGACCGUGUCAAGUGAGGAUGUGGCUGAGAUGCACAACAUCUUAAAGAAAUACCACCAGUUCAUCGUGGAGUGUCACGGCAACACCCUUUUGCCGCAGUUCCUGGGCAUGUACCGCUUGACCGUGGAUGGCGUGGAGACCUACAUGGUGGUCACCAGGAACGUGUUCAGCCAUCGGCUCACUGUGCACCGCAAGUAUGACCUCAAGGGCUCCACUGUUGCCAGAGAAGCGAGCGACAAGGAGAAGGCCAAGGACUUGCCGACAUUCAAAGACAACGACUUCCUCAAUGAGGGGCAGAAGCUGCAUGUGGGAGAGGAGAGUAAAAAGAACUUCCUGGAAAAACUGAAACGGGACGUGGAGUUCCUGGCCCAGCUGAAGAUCAUGGACUACAGCCUGCUGGUGGGCAUCCACGACGUGGACCGGGCGGAGCAGGAGGAGAUGGAGGUGGAGGAGCGGGCAGAGGACGAGGAGUGCGAGAAUGACGGGCUGGGUGGCAACCUGCUGUGCUCCUACGGCACGCCUCCGGACAGCCCCGGCAACCUCCUCAGCUUCCCCCGCUUCUUUGGUCCUGGGGAGUUCGACCCCUCUGUUGACGUCUAUGCCAUGAAAAGCCAUGAAAGUGCCCCCAAGAAAGAGGUCUAUUUCAUGGCCAUCAUCGACAUCCUCACGCCAUAUGAUGCUAAGAAGAAAGCCGCGCACGCUGCCAAAACAGUGAAGCACGGGGGAAUAGCUCUGUGUACACGCCCACGCUCCUCCCCAGAGGCCCUUUUCCCCAUGGACUUGAAGUUACUGUCUCCAAACACGGACCCCGCCCAGAGAUCCAGUCUCUCCACCACCUCCCCACCGCCUUGCCGCUACUCAGUGGGUUCAGGCGGGGGCUUGUGAGUCAAAGGAGCAAGGCCACGGUGGUUCUGAGACGGGAACUGCUCCUCGAGGGCCUGCCCGGGGGGGGGGUACAGCAUUCAGUUCAAACGCUGGGCCAGAGACUUCCGGAUACCCAGGCUCCUCCCGGCUGUAGGCUCUCAGGGCCAGGGAGCUCGACCUGAGUCAG